GCGUCGUGGAUCGGGCGAAGACGCUGGGCGCAGCAGGCGGAGGAGACGUAUCAGAUGCAGCUGGCGCUGGCGCUUAGGUUGUGCUCUGAUGCUGCGUGCGCUAUUGAUCCGAAUUUCUUGGAGGCUGGUGAGCAGAUCGCUGGAGCAGGAGCGAUGGCGGCGAGCCUGGGGGCUGAGGCUAUGUCACAUCGGUUCUGGGUAAAUGGCUGCUUAUCAUACUAUGACAGGGUACCAGAUGGUUUCUACAUGAUUCAGGGAAUGGAUCCCUUUGUUUGGACUUUAUGCACUGAUGUGCAGGAAGAGAGUCGGAUACCAUCUCUUGAGUCAUUGAAAACUGUGCAUCCUAAUGAAUCACCAAUUGAAGUGGCUAUGAUAGAUAGAAAUAGCGAUUCUGAUCUAAGGCAGUUACAGAAUAUAGUAGCAGGCCUAUCAUGUAGUUGUACUACCACAAAUGAUAUGGUGGAACAGCUUGCCAAGCUCGUUUGCUCUAGAAUGGGGGGUUCAGCUUCUAAUGAAGAAGGGGUUCUGCUUCCUCGUUGGAAAGAACGUAGUGGGAUUCUCAAGGCUAUUUCAGGUUCUGUUGUAAUAUCCAUGGGAAAGCUGCCAGUUGGUCUUUGCAGGCAUCGAGCCUUGAUUUUUAAAAUGUUAGCGGACACAAUAAAUUUACCGUGUCGUGUCGCCAAGGGCUGCAAAUAUUGUAAAUGUGAUGAUUCGUCUUCUUGUCUUGUCCGCUUUGGUCCUGACAGGGAAUAUCUGGUUGAUUUGAUUGGAAACCCAGGAUCGCUAUGUGAACCUGAUUCUUUACUGAAUGGCCCUUGCUCCAUCUCAAUUGCUUCACCUAUGCGUCCUCCAAAAUUCAAAUCAGUCGAAACAAAGGAGAAUUUCAAAGCCUUAGCCAAGCAAUAUUUCCUAGAUUGCCAAUCACUUAAUCUUAUGUUCAGUGAUGCAUCAGCAGGUAACAAUGUUGGUCAAGAAGAUGUUCUUGAUCCAUCCUCAUCAAAGCGUCAUGAUGUGGACAUAAACUUCUUUGAACCUGUAACGGAUAGUGAAGCUGAACUUAUGGAAGCACCUCAUCAGCAAUUUCAGAUGGUUCCUAGACCAGUUGGCCAGGAUGGAAUUUUGCAGCUCCAAAAGUUAAGCGGUCCUUCACUGAGCUCAGAAUCAACAAUAAAUGAGACUGCUCAACUAAAACUCAGUCCACAAGAUGGUCAUGCGGGUGUUUCACAGGCUUUACCCUUGUGUGGUCCUAAGAUUGAUAAUAAGAAGAAAUUCUAUGAGGAGUACCAACAAGGAAGAUUCCGACCUAGUAAUAGCAUAACUCUUGCUUUGGAUGAUCUGACGAUUCCAUGGAGUGAAAUGGUCCUGAAAGAAAAAAUUGGGGCAGGUUCUUUUGGAACUGUUCAUCGUGCCGAUUGGAAUGGUUCUGAUGUUGCUGUGAAGAUACUUAUGGAACAAGAUUUCCAUCAAGAACGUUUUAAUGAAUUUUUGAGAGAGGUUGCAAUAAUGAAAAGCCUGCGGCAUCCAAACAUUGUUCUUUACAUGGGUGCUGUUACGCAGCCUCCUAAUCUCUCCAUUGUCACUGAAUAUUUGUCCAGAGGAAGCUUAUAUAGGCUUCUACAUAGACACGGUGCAAGAGAAGUUCUAGAUGAGAGACGUCGAUUGAAUAUGGCUUUUGACGUGGCAAAGGGAAUGAAUUAUCUUCAUAAACGCAAUCCUCCAAUUGUUCAUCGCGAUCUGAAGUCUCCCAAUCUUUUGGUCGACAAAAAGUAUACCGUCAAAAUUUGUGAUUUUGGUCUCUCACGUUUGAAGGCAAACACAUUUCUUUCAUCCAAGUCGCUUGCAGGAACACCUGAGUGGAUGGCACCAGAAGUUCUCCGUGAUGAACAUUCAAAUGAGAAGUCCGAUGUUUAUAGCUUCGGUGUAAUACUGUGGGAGCUUAUGACCUUACAACAACCAUGGACAAAUUUGAAUCCAGCUCAGGUGGUUGCUGCAGUUGGUUUUAAGGGCAGAAGGCUCGAGAUUCCAAAUGAUCUAAACCCACAGGUGGCUGCUAUAAUCGAAGCUUGUUGGGCCAAUGAACCAUGGAAAAGACCUUCUUUCUUCAGCAUCAUGGAAUUAUUAAAGCCGCUUAUUAAGCCUAUAGUACUCCAAUCUGUGCGCUCUGAAAUUCCACGAGUAACCUGAAAUGAGAAUAUUCUGCUGUUCUGUUCAAAUCAUUUUUUCCAUGAACUUGUUUGUAUUGACUAAGGGAGACUCCUUGCAGGUGGCAGAGAUCAGCUAAGGUAUUUGUGGUGGUGGUGGUUCUUGGGGGAUUCCAUUGUAAGGGAAGAGCUGACUGUCAACAAAAUAUCCAUCAGUGAGUGAGUCUUGUACAUGAUAUUGUUGUGUUAUCCAUCCCUGUAAAUUAUUGUGUAGAUACAACUGAGUGAAAGCAAUUGUAGAGGAUGAAGGAAAAAAAAUGUGAAAUAUCAGAUUCAUUCUUUAAGGAUUGGAUACUGUAUUUCCUCGUAGACAGGUCAUGUUAAUAUCUCUAGCCGAUGAAGUAUUGUCUUUCUGUGACAUUUAUUUUAUUUUCAAUUUAAACAGGAUAUGGCCAUACAAGGCCUCUACUU